GACGUUUAGGCGUAACCCGGAGAAUCACUGGUUUGGGGAAAGUUUUUCUUGUUUUGCAAAGACCAAAGGAAACACAACACAGCCAUCAUGGUUAAAUGGACAGAUGCUGAGCGUGCUACAAUGAAGAAGGUCUGGGAAAAAGUCAAUAUAAAUGAAGUCGGACCCCAGGCCUUGGCAAGACUGCUGAUCGUCUAUCCGUGGACUCAGCGGUAUUUCGGGUCCUUCGGAGACCUGUCCAGCCCGGCUGCCAUUGUAGGAAAUCCCAAAGUGGCCGCCCACGGCAAGAUUGUGCUGAAGUCCCUGGAUAAAGCCGUGAAAAACUUGGAUGGCAUCAAGAACCAUUAUGUUGAACUGAGCGAGAUUCACAGCGAGAAAUUGCAUGUGGAUCCUGACAACUUCAGGCUCCUGGGUGACUGCGUCUCCAUUGUCCUCGCGCUCAAGUUUGGCUCCGCUUUCAACUGUGAGGUCCAGAACACCUUCCAGAAGUUUCUUGCGGUGGUUAUCUAUGCCUUGUCAAGACAAUACUAUUGAAUUCGAUAAUGUGUUUUAUUUCUGAGACAAAUUAAUUAAAAAUUCACAGGUAAAGCA